AUGGCUGGGAACCAAGAGGCCGUCCAAGGGCAGUCUUCCACAGACCACAUCGACUGGCACUCCCAUUUGCAGUCACCAUCAUCCCACGUGACAUUCAACAACAGUCACUUCCUGGUACUACCUAACCGCCUUCACAACAGCAGCUUGCAUUUUUUCCCGACUGUCUCACCCGAAGCUAAUAGCGAUGUCGUCCCAUUAGUGCUAUACGCCGUUCUUUCAGUUCUUGGAACUACGGUAAAUAUCUUCGAAAUAAGCUCACUUAUUAUUCAAGAGAACUUACGUCACCACGGAAACGUGUUUCUCGCCAACCAAGCUUUGGCCAACCUCCUUAUUGCAACGUUGGGCUUUCCGGCUUCCUGCAUAGCUAUUUUAUCCAACAGUCACCGCCAACCUUUUGUAUGCUACUGGCAAUGGUACAGUGCCCUAAUUUCGUUUUUCACGUCCACUGUCAAUUAUUUUUUCAUAGCAUUUGAGAAUUUACUCAGGGCUUAUAGAAAACGCUCGAGAAACAGAAACAAUGACGGAUAUUCUUGCUGUUGUAGCGUUCAAGUAGUUGUUUUUUGUGUUUUUUUCUGCUGGUUUGCAGCGGCUGCAUGGGUUUUGGUACUCAUAUUUUACGACAAGAGACAAGAUGUGUGCAGCCGGAAUUAUGGAUAUAGUAUUACGUUUUUAAUUUUCCUUGCUCCUGUUUCACUAACUCUACUCACAUUUGGUUUAGCUAUUCAUCGAUAUAAACGUCAUUUAAGGGAGCUGGAAUUGCGUCAGUGUCUGGAAAGUAGAGAAGAGAGUUUGCACAGACAGUUAUUCAAAAGUAACGCAUUGGCGUAUUUCUUAUUCCUCUGUUUCUGGAUGCCCUAUGCCAUUGCAGUAACUAUUUCAACUUCAGAAAGCAUUUCAUUACCAACAGUCCCGCCGACGUCAUUGCGAUCAAGAGCUGGUUAUGAAUCUCCUUCACCCAAUUCAGUUGAAACGCUGCUAGGAAUAGCUCAGUCAUAUAGUUGCUUUUGUGGAUUAGUGUAUGCUUUCACUAACAGUUCCUUUGGACAAGCCUUUAUUUACUUGACAAGGUACUUCUGCUGCAAAGCUCAUCCAGAGUUCACCAAGAGUACCUUCCAAGAGAAGCCUAGAGGUACUGUUAGGGUGCAUAUCGGAAUGGAAACGAGAGUUGGAGACAGGAGCGCUAGAGCAAACAAGUUGAUGGCUGUUAUGAUGCAUGAUAGUCCCAGAGGUGGAAGAGCGGGUAACCAUUAUCUAUGA